AUGACCCGGUACACAAAUCACUUCCUGGUGAGUGAAAUUAAGAGGGAGGUUGAAGGUGGGAACAACGUUCAAUUAAUUAGUGGGUUCGGUGGUAGUGUAGGAAGAUUAUCUUUGGAAGGUGGGUUUUCGUCCGACAGUUCUUCUGGUGAUGGAAAUCAGGUACUCAAGGGUGAAAAUCUCGAUAAAUUGAUGGGUAGAACCAUUAAUGCCACCAUUGUUCUUGUUGCUGGUACUUUCAGUAUUACCAAAUUUCUCACCAUUGAUUACGAUUAUUGGCAUAUUUUGGAGCACUCAUACCCACAAAUUUUCUCAACAAAGUCUGUAGUCAGAGAUGAAUGUGAACAGAGACUCCGAUUAGAUUUAUUGUAUUCUAUCGAUUCCUAUACAAAACUUUGUGCAUUUUGA